GGGAGCGCCUGAGCCCGUGCCUCACCGGUAAUGUCUCAUCCGUGGACUGGACGGUAUCAUGAGCUGAAGAAAUCCCGCUGUGUUAUGAUGGUUUGUGAACAGUUGAAAGGGUGAGAGGCUCUUCACGUGUGUGGUGGUGUUAGAUUAGAUUUAGCCUUUAGUUGCGUGUUUUUGACUUAGAGUAGGCUGUAUUUUUUCUAUAAAUAUAUAUAUCCAGUGCCAGUUUUAGCUUCUCGGACAGUCCCCGGAGUUGGUGUUAGCGCAAUGUCACUGGUGUGUUUUAAUUUUGUGCUGGAUUAGCGAGACAUGUGCGGCAGAAAGGCUGCUUCUCGUCUCGCCUAAAACCAGCCGGCGACCGCUCAGCAGCACCCGGGACAGUCUGGACCGGACAUUUUUUGCAAAGACUGACCCCAGGAAAAGAAGAGGACGCAACAUGUUCGAAGCCUCAGGGAUCCCUCUCAUCCUGCUGGACAUUACCUGUCUCAUCCUCGUUGGACUUCCAUUUUUUAUCCUCACACCUCAACACAACCCUUUCAAACGGGGUUUCUUCUGUAACGAUGAGUCCAUUAGAUACCCCCUCAAAGAGGACACCAUAUCCUACCAGCUGCUUGGAGGAGUCAUGAUCCCCUUCACUCUGAUUGUGAUCGUAUGUGGCGAGUGCCUUUCUGUUUACUUGUCUCGCAUCAAGAAUCACUCUUUAGGGACCAAGUACAUGGCAUGUGUCUACAAAGCUGUGGGGAGCUAUGUAUUUGGAGCCGCUGCCAGCCAGUCUCUGACAGACAUAGCCAAGUACUCUAUCGGCCGCCUGCGGCCAAACUUCCUUGCUGUAUGUAAACCAGUCUGGGAUCGUAUCAACUGCAAAGCUGGUGGAUACAUCGAGAACUUCACCUGCACUGGAGACAAGUUUCUGGUAGAUGAGGCCAGACUGUCCUUCUACUCUGGCCACUCAUCCUUCUCUAUGUACUGCAUGCUGUUCCUUGUACUAUACAUCCAAGCCAGACUGAAGUCAGAAUGGGCGAGGCUUCUGCGUCCCACCAUCCAGUUCUUCCUGAUUGCAACUGCUGUGUAUGUGGGUCUAUCGCGGGUGUCUGACUACAAGCAUCACUGGAGUGAUGUGCUCACUGGCCUCCUGCAAGGGGGUUUAGUGGCUAUUCUUACAGUGUUCUGUGUGGCCAACUUCUUUGAACAGCCAGUGGACCCAGUGGUAUCACAGGAAGAAGCCUCACCAACCAGUUUACAAGAAAACCCAUCUAGUUUGAACCACUAUGGCAGCACUGACUGAAUCUGAGGCCUCAAAGACCGUUCUGCACAGGGCCUCUGUCCCUUAAAAAAGUCAGAGAGGACUUAAAACACAUCAAUGAAUUGCAAGUCUUUCAUAUUAACUGCUGGCUGUUUCUGCGCAUUUCUCCCGCAGAGCCAACGCUGCAGCCUGCAGGCUUUACCUGCUACUUUUGGUGCAGUCGGUAAACUUUGAUUACAGGAAGAAAAGUGUACUACAGAAGACAGUACUUGCACUUUACUGAGAUAUAAAGAAACAUACAUUUUUGGGUAAAUCCAGUAUAAUAUAGUUUAUUAUGGAAUGACAAAACAAAAUACAGUACAACAUGUGGGUUUACCUCAGAAAAAUUGCUUUUUACAGUGUAAGCUUGUUGGAAAUGUGGUUUCUAGUAUAUAUUGGUCUGAUGUUACCAUUUUGAAUGAAUGAAAUUCCUUUUGCCCAGAAUAUAAUAAGCGUCUGUGUGCGCACUGCAAGCGGGCUUGUAGAGAGCCUGGCACCUGUGAAUAAGAAAACCUGGACUGUCCUUAAAUUUAAAAUGGAGCCGGAACUCAGAAAUGAUAUUUUACAUUAAUUUUCUGCCUUAGAUUGCUGCUACCUGCUGCCAUGUCCCUUCCCUAAUGUUAUUUCAUUGUAAUGUAUAGAAAACAAAUUCAUUUUUGUUUUGUUUUUACCAUUUGUAUGAAGCUCCAUAUGUUUUUGUCUAAGCGUAAGUAUUGUUUAGAGCAGUACUGGCAAAAAAUGAGACAAAUAAAGAGAGCUCCGUUUUGCUACUUUGAUACAAAGGG